GAUGGACUGGACCAUAUUUUUGGCUGGGAUGGGGGGAGAGAGGAGAACUAAAGGGAGAAAAGGGAAAUAAGGAAAGGAUGAACUUAGAUAUAUUGUUGGCUGUACGGCGGAGCGUGGUCUAGAGUUUGAAGUUUAAGGAAGGCUCGAGCCUACCCUCGACCUGGGACUGAUACUCCCACAGAGGUCCGUCCGGUGGUUUGGUACGGCCUGGCCCACCGGACCUGCCAGAGCUCAGUCGGCCGCAGCUCAGCUGGGCUCCCGGCGCUGCCUCCUCCCAGCCUGCGGUGCCUAGUGCCAGUGGCUACCCUGUUGAACAGCGAAGAUAUAGACUAUUUCCAUCAUUGAAGAACAUUCUGUUGGUCAUUGUUGGACUGGAGAAACUCGAAGAUGACAACGGCAACACGACAAGAAGUUCUUGGCCUCUACCGCAGAAUUUUCAGGCUUGCGAGGAAAUGGCAGGCUGCAUCAGGGCAGAUGGAAGACACCAUUAAAGAAAAACAGUACAUAUUAAAUGAAGCCAGAACACUGUUUCAGAAAAACAAAAAUCUUACAGACACAGACCUGAUUAAACAGUGUAUAGAUGAGUGCACAGCCAGGAUUGAAAUUGGACUGCAUUACCAGAUUCCUUAUCCAAGGCCAAUUCAUCUACCUCCUAUGGGCCUUACCCCACUACGAGGCCGGGGACUUCGAAGCCAGGAGAAAUUGAGGAAAUUUUCCAAACCAGUAUAUCUCAAGUCUCAUGAUGAAGUUUCCUAA